GAGCAUUUAUCAUCCAUCCAAUAGCCAACUCCCUUCAACAGAAAAGAAAAAUCUCCAAAGCUCAAACAAUAUCAAUGGCUGAUCAGUCAGAACCAUUGUUGUUGUCUGCCGAUGAUCCCUACGUCGACCACCAAACCAGACCAGAAGCUUUAACUUUCGACAACAUUGUCGAACAGAGUCUAUCAGAUUUCGGGUCCUGGCAACUCUUCCAGGUACUCCUCGUUGGACUCGCUUUGUUCUUCGAUGCUCAGCAGAUAUUUAUCACUGUCUACACAGACGCAUACCCCACGUGGCACUGUCUUAACCACACAAUCUGCGAUCAUGCCACUUCCGACAUCUGCAAGCUCCCAAGAUCAGCCUGGGACUGGGACGGUGGCUCCAUGGGCAGAUCCGUCAUUUCAGAAUUCGGACUCGAAUGCUCGAGUUCUUUACUCAGAGGAAUGCCUAGCUCUGCUUUCUACAUCGGUGCCAUUGUUGGAGGGUUCUUUCUAGCGUUAAUCCCAGAUGAUUCUUUGGGCCGCAAGAAACUAGUUCUGCUCUCAACCUUUGCAAUGUCAGUCACUUCAAUCUCUGUUAUAUUCUCAACCAACGUAUGGAUUUACACAACCCUAAAGUUUGUCAUCGGAUUCACGAGAUCACAGACUUGGUCAUACGCGCUGGUUCUCAUCAGCGAGCGAGUCUCCACCAGAUGGAGACCGAGAGCUACCAUGAUUCCAUUUACCCUUUUCGUUUUAGGGUUUAUGUCAUUGUCUGGAAUCGCUUACCUUGCUCAACACUCUUCAUGGAGAUAUCUCUAUCUAUACACAGCCGUUCCCGCAACAUUCUAUUGUAUCUUCCUCUACAUCUUCGCACUCGAAUCACCUAGGUGGCUUCACUUGCAAGGAAACGACGAAGAAGCCAUUCAUGUUCUCAAAGGCCUUUCAUCCAAGACCAAAGCCUACUUGGAAUCACUAGUUUCUAAGUUACCCCUGGAGCAAGAAACAUCUAAAGAACUUCCAAGGUACUCUAUUAAGGACUUCUUCUUCCGAAAGUGGGCUCUUCGGAGGAUUGUGGUUGUAAUGAUCAUAUUGUUUGGUUUGGGAAUAUCAUACUACGGAGUUCCAUUAGCAGCUAGAGACAUAGACGUCAACAUCUACUUGAGCGAAACCCUAAACGCAGUGGUGGAGUUGCCUACUUUCAUUAUCACUCCGUUCAUAUUGGAGAGGUUCAGCAGAAGAAGCUCUGUUCUAGUGAAUACCUUACUAGGUGGAGCCUCAGGAGUUCUCUGUUUCAUUCUCAGCGUUCUAGGAAAAACAGGAAUCGCGUUUGCGUUUGAGCUAGCAACAUUUUUCUGUGCAAGGACCGGAUUCAACCUAAUGGCGGUUUAUAUGGUUGAAAUGUUUCCGACUUGUGUAAGAAGUUCCGCAACAAUGAUGUUUAGACAGGCUCUUGUUGUCGGAGGAGCUUGCUGUCCGCUGAUUGCUUCCAUUGGAAGAGAUCUACCAUCAGUUUCCUUCGCCAUUUUCGGAGUUGCCAUGUCUGGUUUUGGAUUGUUCGUUUUGAUUCUACCUGAGACAAAAGGUUCUAGUCUCUGCGAUACAAUGGAAGAACAAGAAAAGAGAGAUCAAGACAUAAACACUAGCAACUGUUGUGGAGUGUAAGAGUUUGUUUAGCUUAUAAAUUCUCUAUCUUGAUAUGUAUUCAAAUAAAUGUGGUGCCUGUGUUUAUGCAAAAGACUCAUAAAAGUGAGUUGAAGUUGUAGUAUUGUUGUGUAAAACUAAAGAAUAUUUUGCUAUUCAUCUCCAAAGA